AGACUUCGCCUUUGAGGAAAGCAUUCACAACAUGAAGCUGUGUGCGAACAGUGGAAGUCAUCAAGCACUUGCUUCAACAAGAUUUCUGCACAAGACUUGCUCUCAGGGCAAGUGAGAACAGAGGAUAGCAGGCACCAUUGAAAUAUUGCAAUUGUCGACGGCUUUUGACGAAUUGAAACGCGACCAAGACAACAUGCGUCAACUGUCCGCCACUGUUGACGCCUUGAAGCGUGACCUGAUCAACGAGUUAAACCGAACCGCCACUUUGGAGCAGCGUCUUCACGUGAUUGAGAAGACUUUGCGUAAAUCAUCUUGUCCCGAAGGUUACAUAAUCUGGCGUGAAAUCUGCUACAAGGCCUUCAACACACCCAAGUCCUUCAGCGAUGCGGCCGCGACCUGUCGUGCAGACGGCGGCACCCUCGCCAUGCCCCGAGACGCUGACACCAACGCCUUCCUCAUCUCCCUGUACAACUCCUUGCGCGACGAUUGUCCCUUCUGGUUCGGCCUGCACGAUCAGAACGAAGAGGGAACGUUUGAGUGGGUGGACGGGUCUGCACUUGGGCCGUACAACUCCUGGGGGCAGGGACGACCGGACAACCUUGAGGACAACCAAGAUUGCGUCGUUUACUCCGGACUUAAAAACGAGAAAGACAAGUGGAACGACGAAGAAUGCCACAAGACGUUUUGCUUCAUAUGCCAGGCUGCUCCAGAACGUCCAUAGGCGAGUGCCGAGAUUCUCACCACUGCUGUAUAGCUGCUGUAGUACAACCUAAGACCGGCAAUUAUAGCAUUGUUUUAGAUCAACAUUUUUUCCAAAAGUUGAAUCUACAAAGUAGAAAUACUGAAUGGAACGAAGCAGUUCUGUACAAUGGUAGUCACGCUUGUUUCCAUAAGUAACAUUUGUCAACUCAAUUAGUCAAGACACACCAUGUCCUUCUGAUGGUAGAAUCAUAUCGAGUUUACUUGAUAAAAAUAAGGGAAACAUUCAGACGUAAAUUUUCCUAAAUAUUUGGAUGGUAGCAGGUUUAGAGAUGGUGAUUCUGUGGUAGAAGUAGACGCUGUGCCAAUAGAACGUUUGUAUUUUAUUGCUUUUAUUACUUUUGUUAUUAUUGUUACUUAUUACGAUACAAUGUACAGGCAUACAAUGUCCUUCUUUUGGCAGAAUCAUAGCAAACUUACUUUGUAAAACAUUGGCAACACUUGAGUGAAUUUGGGAGACAACAACUUGAGCAAGUCUUGAGAAAUAGCGGUUCUGUCACAGAGGUAAACGCUGUGCCAAUAUAACAUUCAUAGUUUUAUUAC